UUAACUCGUAUACUGCAAUCUCUUUAGAUCGGCGCUCGUUGACAGAACACCGACGUGAAGUGGCUAGCUCACCUCUGUUCAAUUCCUGUCAAAUUCCGAAUUGAUUAAGUCUGCUAGCAUCCAUAAAAACAUGGCUUACAGCAAGGAUCCAAUGAAGGGACCCGUUGAGGAAGUCCCAGCCCAUCGUAUCCGCAUCACCCUUACCAGCCGCAACGUCAAGAGCCUGGAGAAGGUGUGCGCUGAUCUCAAGCGUGGUGCCCAGGACAAGAACCUGAAGGUGAAAGGACCCGUCCGUAUGCCCACCAAGACCCUCCGCAUCACCACCAGGAAGACGCCCUGUGGAGAAGGGUCCAAGACCUGGGAUCGCUACCAGAUGCGCAUCCACAAGCGUCUCAUCGACCUGGAGAGCCCCUCGGAGAUUGUCAAGCAGAUUACCUCUAUCAACAUCGAGCCUGGCGUCGAGGUUGAGGUUACCAUCGCUGAUGCAUAGAUGCAAUGCUGUUGAAAGACGAUCGUCUUCAGUUAUGGGUUGAUAUUGUUUAAACAUCAUUUGAAUAAAAAGCAAAGAAUUUGAUUCUUGCUGUAAUGACAAAAAUGAAAA